CGGUGGUGUGCUUUCUAGUGAUUAGAGAUUGUGCGCGGUCUUGUGGAUUAUUGGUUUCCUCCCGAGAGUUUGUUCCGGCGGUGCCCGGAUGAUGCUAUCUAAGAUGGGCACUGAAUCCGACGCUUUGUUCGUGGAAAAGUAGUGUUCGUAAAGAGAAGAAAAAAAAAGAGUUCGGUUGGAUCGGAGGCCAUCUUGCGUUCCUUCCGAGUAUCACAAAACGCAAACUGGCCAGGAUGUGGUUCCCGUUGGCACUGUUAUGCGUUCUGCUGGAGUUUGCCAACAUUGUCAGUGCUUCGACGGCGCCGGGUGCCACCGGUCUGGACGAGGCACUGGAGGUGACCUUUAGCGAGCGUACACGUGCGGAUUGGGAGAAGGUCUGGCACCAGGAAAGCCACUCGCGAUGUCGCGAGAAGCUAAUACGCCAUCUGUAUUGGGCCUGCGAGAAGGAUAUUUACCGGAUUUCGAGACGUACCGAUGUCCCGAUGGCGUCUGUGGCGACGGGAAAGCGAAGCGAUCCGUUCGCAUCCUUUCGGCGAGAGAACCGGCAGGAGGAGAAGGAGCCGGAGGAGGUGCUAUCGGCGGAGGAUCGUUAUGCUACUGAUGAGCAGGUUGCGAAUGAGGUUGCGUACCCGUGGGCAAUCGAUCCACGGGAAGCCCAUGCAUUCCUGCGUACCCGGCGUACCGGAAAGCGGCGCUCCGGUGGGUCUAUUACGGCCGAGUGCUGCAAUCGUACCGGCUGCACGUGGGAAGAGUACGCCGAGUACUGCCCAUCGAACAAGCGGCUGAACCACUAUCGGCGCAGAAAAUGAAAACUUCUUGGACCAAGCUGUAAUCGAUAGAGUGACGACAACGACGACGACGAGGACGACGACAGCAACAAAGUAUCUGGAGAAGAGUGGCCAAAGUCUCGAGAGCCUUGGAGAGGGUGUUUGGUUUGGAGUUUAGCUAGAAACGGCCAAUUCUUCACAUCUGUCGCGGGGAAAGACCAGAGGCAAAUCACGCCGCAGUGAGGCCUCCAUUUGUCCCUGGAGAGGUAGAACGAGGAGAAUGUCCCUGGUUAUACUUGAUCAUCGUGUGUCCGUUUCGCAAGCCAUUGGGGUUUUCUAGAGUUUAUUGGUUUGUGUUUUC